GUCACAACAAGUCACAACUUCACAAAAAUACCGUCAGCGAGCAAUUUUUUUGCUUCUACAAAAUACGCAAAUUUCCAAAAGAAAAAUAAAAAGUAUAGAAAUCGGGCCUAUAGGCUUUAGCUAAGGAUAGUUAAUCUACUACUUUUCUUAAAUUGGGGUUGGCAAUAAUCGGUACGUGCUUUGGGUACGUGGUUGGGCUUUGUGGACUGUGGUUGAGUGUAACUGUUUUUCCUAAAAGUUUCGUAGUAAUACUUAUUUAGUGUGUGUGCACGCUGAAAGAGAGAACAUGUUGGAAGUGUGCAUAGAUAGUUUGGAGUCAGCUGUAAAUGCAAUACACGGCACUGCUGACGAAUUGGAAGUAUGCAGUUCUCUAGCGGAAGGAGGUUUAACGCCAUCUGUUGGCCUGGUUCAGCAAAUAUUGCAAAUGGCGAACAAUAUUUCGCGUCGAUUACCAAUACACAAGUCAUGUGUUAAAUGUUCUUGUGGUAAUUUGAUCAAGAGACCAAAAAUCAAUGUUAUGAUAAGGUGUCGCACUGGAUCCGACUUCUGUUACACGGAGCAAGAGAUGGAUACUAUGCUUUCAGACAUAGAAAUCAUUAAACAGAUGGGUGUAGACAGAUUUGUAUUUGGUGCGCUAACGGACAAACAGGAUAUUGAUGAAUACAAUUGCAAAAAAGUUAUAGAGAAAGCGUAUCCCAUACCAGUAACUUUUCAUAGAGCAUUCGAUAUUUGCAAUGAUCCAAUAAUUGCUAUAAAUAAAAUUAUAUCCUUAGGAUUUAAUCGACUUCUUACAAGUGGACAAAGACCUUCAGCUUCCGACGAUGAAGCGAUGAAACUAAUAAAAUCACUAUUAGAAUAUAAUAAAGCUAUUGAAAUAAUGCCAGGCGCUGGAGUUAACAUUAAUAAUGCAAAAUCUUUUAUUGAUAUGGGCUGCAAGAUAAUUCAUAGUUCGUGCAAAGUGAUUAAAUAUUUACCUCGCAUUAAAAAUAAUUUAUGUAUGGGUACGAAUGAGAGUGAAAGCAUUUUUAUUAGUGAUGAGAAUAUUGUAAGAAAGACCAAGGAAACAAUUUCUUCUUGAAUAUUGUAGUAAUAAACGAUUUGUCCAAUCAA